CUCCUCCUCCUCCUCCUCUCGGGUGGGGCUUGGCUAUUUGAGCGCCUCCAGCCCUUCCCUGUUGCUUCAGCCUGUCUUUGGCCACCGAGGAAGGCUCUUUGGCUACUGAGAGACACCCAGGUGUAGACCCACCCAGGAAAGAUGUCUGACGGAUUUUCGCUCUCCGAUGCCCUGUCAGGGUCCAACAACCCCAACCCGAAUGCACAGCCUUCUUGGCCAGGUCAGCCGGGGGGAUACCCAGGAGCGCCAGGCGCAUACCCAGGAGCACCAGGCGCAUACCCAGGAGCGCCAGGCGCAUACCCAGGAGCACCAGGCGCAUACCCAGGAGCACCGGGCGCAUAUCCAGGAGCACCAGGCGCCUUCCCAGGAGCUUAUCCAGGAGCACCGGGCGCAUACCCAGGAGCGCCGGGCGCAUACCCUGGAGGCCCAUCAGCCCCUGGCGCUUACCCCGGGGGUCCCCCGGCUCCAGGCGGAUAUCCCAGCGCACCAGGGGUUGUCUCGCCCGGAGCAUCGGGAAUGUAUCCCUCUCCUGGGCAGCCACCAAGCGGUUCUGGAGCACAGCCGACUGCCCCACAGACUGGACCGGGAUAUGGGAGUCCUGGAGGCUCUUCUGCUCCAAUGAAGGUUCCCUGCGAUAUACCUCUUCAUUCUGGGCUCGUCCCUCGCUUGUUAAUAACCAUCGUUGGAACAGUGAAUCAGAGACCAAACAAGAUCCAGGUGGAUUUGAAGAAAGGGAACGACAUCGCCUUCCAUUUCAAUCCCCGGUUCAAUGAGGACAACCGGAAAGUGAUUGUCUGCAACACGAUGGUGAACAACGGAUGGGGAAAGGAAGACAGGACAGCUCCAAGGUUCCCUUUUGAGGCCGGCAAGCCAUUCAAGAUCCAGAUCUUGUGUGAAGCGGAUAAUUUGAAGAUCGCCGUCAACGACGCGCACUUGAUGCAAUACAACCACCGUAUCAAAGAGCUGAACAAGAUCAACAAGCUGUGCAUCGGUGGAGACAUCACCCUCACCAGCGUCACCCCAACCAUGAUCUAAGCCAACCUUUGAGUCGCAGAAGCUGAACGCUAAAGAUUCGAAUCCUGUUGGUGACUCCCAACUUGAGGAGAUGCAUUGAAUCCAAUUGUUUGAUGUAGGUCAACACAUAGCUACAUCCAGUUGGGUCCGUGCCUUUACUCUGGUUAGGAGCAACCAACAGAAUAUUCGGCCUAGGUGUGAACAGCUGCUUUUAAAAUAUAUAUAUGAAAAAUAUCUGGAGUUAACUUUGCAGGGCAAAUUAAAAAUAAAAUUUAGGACCUGCUCAACAAAAA